AUGAAUGUUGUUGCUGGCAAAGCUAAAAGAGGUCGCCCUAAAGGUUCAAAGAAUAAAGUGAAAAAAUCUACAGAGAAAUCUACUGGCAGUGCUUGUGAUGUCAAUAGUGACUACAUUGAAAGGCUAAAAAAUAAAAAUGUUGAUUCCGCUGUUUUAUCAAAAAUGGAAACUUUCAGAAAUUGCAUCCUUGAAAAACUGAAAGAAGAGUUUUUUGGCAAUGAUGUUUCUAACAACAUAGGCUCACCGUCGUUUUCAGAUGUUAAAAAAAUUAUACCCAAAAUAAAUUUUUUGAAGGAAAAUUUAACUGAACAUUUUAAUUUGCAGACAGGUAAAACCGUGCAUGAUAAAAAGACAUUGAAAUCGAUUGCUAAAAAAUCCAGUGAAUUUAUUAAGCUAACAGUAAAAAAUAAAAACCCAGAUUCGUUUGAUGAAGUUUUAAAGAAGUCUGAUCAGUCACCUACAAAAGAAUGUUUAAAAGAUGAGAAUAAUCAUUUGAACAAGAAUUCAGUUUAUUGUGUAAGUUCUUUUGAAAAUAAGCAUUAUGUUUCUGAAGGUCUUAAUAUUCUGGUUGAUAAAAAUACUAUUAAUAAUGUCCACUGUAAUAAAAUAGUGUCUGCCAAUGUUUAUAAGCAUAAUGUAAAGUCAAAGCUGCAAAAUAAUUUUAUAGAAUUAAAUGAUGAUGGCAGUGUUGGGCCUGCUGCAACAAUCGUUUCACUGGCAUCACUUGUCACAAGUACUAUCGAUGUUCCAAUUAGGUCCCAUCAUUCGUCAGUGCUGACAAAUAAAUGUAAUAAUUCAGCAACACAAAUUGCAUCAUCGUCAUCAGUUCCUUCAUCAUCAUCUUUGAAGGAUGCUUUAAAAUCACCAAUCUCAUCAACAUGUAAUGUAACUACAGAGGCCAAACAUGCUAUAAUGCUAACAACGUCACCUAAUUCUUCAACAUAUACACCAGCCAAAACAUCACCUUCUGAAACAUCAGGAGUUGAUAUGUUAUGCAAGAUGUCCGCUGAUACAAACGUAAAAAAUAAAGUUAUAUUCAACAAUAUUUCAGAUAAUUCAUCUAUAAAUACAUACAAACUUGAUAAUAUUAAAAAUACUAAAAAUAAUGAAAAUAUUUGUGCUGUAGAUGUUAUAACAAAGACCAACGAUAAAAUAUGCUUUAUUGAGAGUCAGAAUCAAGGCGUUGUUAAAUAUUUUGAUACUACUAGAUUAAAUUGUAAUGACCAAGAAAAUACAACCAGUCAAAACUGUUCAUCAAAUAAAAUUUUUGAAUGCGUGUCUAACUCAUUUGAUCAGUUGCACUUAUCUGAAACGGCAAGCUGUUCAACUCCAAAGCCUAUCAAACCAGAUGAUGAGACACUUUUAGCCAGAAUAUUUUGCAAGUCGUAUCCCAAAUUAAAAUCAAUUAAACAUAACUUAAAUGUACCAAUUAAUCAUAAAAAAGUGCCACAGGAUAUUGAAAAACUUAGUUCAAACAAACAUUUGUUAUCCUCGUCAUAUUCAACAUUUUGCAAACGUCGAUACUACAAAAAGAAGAAAAGCGCUUUGAUGGCACUUGAUCAGUCAGUUUUGUCUUCUACAGAAAACAUUAAGGAAUCAAAUAUUGGAUCUGAUCCCGUGCAGAAAGAUCAAAUUGAUGUUUUGUUAAAUAAAAACGUUGUGACAGAUGUAGCUGAUGGGUGGCUAUCCAAUAAAGCAUUGACAUAUUGCCAUUCAGUAUCAAAUACUGCAAUUAAACAGAGAACUGAAGUUUCUUGCUUAGAUGUGGCACUAGCCAGGUGCAAAAAUGACUACAUCCCCAUGAAAUUGGCACAUCAUGAACAUCAUUUUAGACAAUUAGCUUCCGGAGGUUUGGAAUCUAUCUCUCAGGUUGAUCAUAAGAACCCACCAGCGAUAAAUAAAAAAGUUGUGGGGCUUGAUGCCAGUGUACAGUGUCAAUGUAGUGAUAUUAUUGAAUCAGUGGGCAAAAGGAGUGUUUCAAUCGAUGUUGAGAUUCAAACUGAUGACGUUAUCAACUUGCGUUUAUCAACUGACCACAAAACGUGUCAAACAGAUGAUGCUUUCUUACAUAGAAAAGAUGCUGGCACCCAAACGGUAUCUGUUGAUGAAUAUGUUUUCAGUGGUCGUGGGUUGGCAAAGAAUGUAAAUAAUAAAGAGCUGCCCCUAAACUACAAAACAUGCAUUUGUAAUGAUAAUGUUGUAAUUAAUCGCUCACCUCAUGAUGAUUUUUCAUCAGAGGUUCCUUCACAUCUGCAAAACUCUUCACAGGAGGAAAACCAAAAUGAAGUCAGAUCUACGACUAUAUCCGUUAUAAAUAGUGAAAUGUUUGUUCAAUCGAAUUUUGCAAAUGAGUCAUUUACCUGCCCAUCACCAUUAAAUCCUCUCAAAAUUGUUCCUGAUACACUUGCCCACUCAGAAACUACGUCAUCUAAUCUUCCCAGUAGUUUUUUGGACACUACGUUUCUUAAUAACUUGUUAAUACUGCCAACUCCGACACUGGAAAAACAAGUUAUGCCAUCAAUAUUGCAUUUUGAAGAAAAUAAUGAAGCUGACUGUCACAAUCAACUUGAAUUUGAUUGUGAAGAAAAUUUUAGCAAUGAUCUAACAAAUGAAUGUGGCCAUAACAAUAAUGUUUUUAGUCUCUAUAAUCCUAUAAACACAUGCAAAAUAGUUACAGCAGACAAUGCAACUGUGAAUAUCAUUGAUCAGUACAUGUCAAAUUGUCAUGCUCAAAACAAACCAAUUGAAGUUUCAAUUCCUCUGUCACAUAUUACAUCUAUCUGUUCUAAUUUGGAAAAAAAAGCACAAACUUUUGAAAUACCAACCACACCAUGUAAGAAAAAUUUCUGUUAUGACGUUAAUGUAAAUGACAAAAAAUUAAAUAUGAUGGAACAGAAAAUUCCUAGUUUCAAUCACAACAAAUAUAAUAUUUUUGAUAAAACAAAUGUUGCCAAAAAUGAUGAAGUUCAGGGUUGCAACGGAAGUGGGACAUCAGAUGUCAACAUUGCAUCACACAAAGCUCUUAUAUCGUCCACUAUUUUGAAUGACGAUCUGACGACAAAAAGUAACAAACUAUCCAAAGUGUCUUCUCUAUCGACACUAGUUUUGCCUGACAAUGAAGAUGUUGAUGUAAUGAAUAGCGACACUAAUGGUCUGCAAAUUAGAGAUGUUUCACUUACUGGAGCAAACUGUGAAAAUGCAGUAUCGCUUGACAAUGGAUUUAUCAACGGUUCAACUUUGUUAUUUCAAAACUCACUUUGA